UUGUUCUUUGUAGUCUCAGAUAGCUAACCACACAACACACAGAUAGUUCAGCAGCUUCGAGACCUGUUCUCAGUUCCUCACUCCUCAACACACAAAAAAUCCCCGACUGAGGAGAGAGAAAAUGGAGCACCCAGAGCUUCAGUCACCAGAAAACGAAGAUUACGGUGAAGAAGACGCCGCCGUCUACGAGGGCGAGUUUCCCGAUGCCGACACUUCCGAUGCCACCGCUAUCGAUGCGGAUGAAGAUCCUAAAUCCCAGAAUCUUGAAGAUAUGAAAAAGAGGCUUGAAGAGCUUGAGGACGAAGCUGGCGCGCUUCGUGAAAUGCAGGCGAAAGUCGAGCAAGAGAUGGGUAUGCCUCAAGAAUCAACCAGUGCUAAUCCAACUCAAGCUGAAAAGGAGGAGGUUGAUUCCCGUUCAAUAUAUGUUGGCAAUACCUGCUGGUUUGGAGCUCUGAAGUCAAAUGGUGUAACCAUGAGCUCUUUAGAUGGUGCCCAAUCGUUAGCUGGAUUUGGGGUUGACUAUGCAUGUACCCCGGAGGAGGUUCAGCAGCAUUUUCAAUCAUGUGGAACCGUGAACAGAGUGACCAUUUUGACAGACAGGUUUGGUCAACCUAAGGGAUUUGCUUAUGUAGAGUUUGUGGAAGUGGAAGCUGUUCAGCAUGCUGUUCUGCUGACUGAGACUGAACUGCAUGGUCGUCAGUUGAAGGUUUCUGCCAAGAGGACAAACGUUCCUGGGAUGAAGCAGUUUCGAGGAAGGCGACCAAGCCCGUAUGGAAGUAGACCUAGGAGGCCGUUCAUGCCCGGGGCUCCUGUUUUUUCUGCCUAUGGUUACGGAAGAACUCCUAGACUCAGGCCUCCAAUGCGGUACAGACCAUAUUGAUGGUCAGGUGGAUCAUUAUUCGAAGUCCAAAAGGAAAAAAUUUCAUGAUUUCCAGAAUACAAAUUUUACAGUAACCAAAGAAAUGUUACAGAAGAAGCAUUUGUAGCUAAUAUUAUAAAUGAAGUGAUUGUAAAAUGUCCUGUAUUUUAAGUUUUGGUUGUUAGAUUGUGAUUCGACUGCCUUAUUCUGAUUUCAUUUAUGAUGUUCGUGUAUUUGAUUAAAGCAAAACACAUCUGCUGUGGUUUGCAGGGAUCUUGAAGGUGUAUAAGUACUAGCGAAAAUGAGUAAACAAUUACAACAGUUUUGUUGUCAACAUCCUCGGAUUUUUUUUUACCUAACUUAUUACUUUUAGGCGGAACAUA